AUGACUGCAGUGAUUGAUCGACAACAGUUGUUUGAGGCUUUGUCAGAUCAGCGAAAGCACACGGAAAAACAUGUUCAUCAUUUUGCAAAUCACAUUUAUUUCGGUCUCGUCAAAAAUGGUCUGAAAGACGGAGUGGGGGAAUGCACAACGGGAAAUGCGGAAUAUUUUGUUGGCAAUUAUGUGGAUGGACUACGAACAGGUUGCGGCACACAGGAAUGGGCAUCCGGCGACAUAUUUCAUGGUUUUUAUCGGUCCGACAAAAGAAAUGGAUGGGGAAUUUAUUUGCAUGAGAAUGGUGAGAAAUAUGAAGGUACAUUCUUUGAAGACAAAAAACAUGGAUACGGUCUUUAUGUAUGGCCCGAUGGAUCUCAAUACUUCGGGACAUUCUAUUUGGAUAAGAGAUCUGGUUACGGUAUUCUUCGUUAUUCUACUGGAUCAGUCUAUGAGGGCUAUUUUAAUGAUGAUCUACCUGAAGGACCCGGCGUUUUGUGGCAUCCUUUAGAAGGGAUUCCCAGGGCGGACAUCGGAUAUUGGCAACAUGGUAGACUUGUCCGCCUAGUGCAGACCAUGAACAUGGCAAAUGGAUUCAGCUGGACUACACAGUUCCCAGAGUAUACAUUCUAUUCGACAGUACGGGGAGAAUUUAUCGGACAGGAACAGUUUGAUCGUUUGAAAAGGAGCAUGUCGAAGGUGCAGCGAAAUCAUUUGGCACAUUCGGAGGUUGCCCCGGGUCAACGGAUUAUGGAGUCGGGUGCAUGUUUUGGCGAGAAAAUGUCUCACUCACAAGGAGAUAUUGAUUAUGAAGUAAUGUUUCAAGAGGUAAGUGAGCUAACAUACACAAUGUAA